AUGUCUGACACUCCCGAAUCCAGCUAUGGACCCACAGCUGCGCUACUUUGGACCCUCCCCCCUUUCCGUGACAGCCUAUUCAAACACCUGUCCCCCGCCCAAUCGACCCAGGCGCUCACUUGGUCCCGCCCUUCGUAUGCCCAGGCGCUCAAGGCGAAAUAUGGGGUCAUACGGAUGAUGAGGUAUCGGAGGUACCAGCCUAGAUUCAGUGAUCCCCGCCGCUCAAUCCUCUUUCACGCCUCUCCACGCGUGCUAGACUGCCGGGACUAUGUACCGGUCCUGAACGACCCGGAGCUCCUCUCCUACUAUCUCACCCUCUUUCCAAACGUCACCGAGAUAUUCGAUAACUCGUAUCGCCUGACCUUCAUUCGACACGGCGCCGGAUUCGAGGAUGUGCGAUUGGAGAUCUUGCGCAAAGGCUUGGCUGUCCGGAGCCUUGAGGGUGUUGGAAAGGGAGAAGAGCCGGAGAUUUUCUUGCCCGGGGGACUGGCGCUCGGAUGGGCGCUUGAGAUCUAUAGCAGUAACGCGGCAUGUUUCAAGAUCGAUGUGUCAUCCCUGCAGCUCGGCACGCGUGGAGCGGCGUUGAGGAGUAUUACCGCCAGUGGCUGGCCAGGCUUAUCACGUAUCUACUUCCGACGGAAACAAUCUGAAACAGGUACAAAAGGAAUGUGGAGCUGGGCGCGGUCACGGCAGCUGUCACGUCUCCCAUCAACUUCCUUCCCCCGAUCACCUCCCUUCCCUCCGCCUGGCAUACCAAUCACAAUGCCUACCACCACUACAGCAGACACCUCCCACGUCAACGAGGAUAUCUGGGCAAAAAUACUGUUCUUCCUCCACGUCCCCAUUCCCCCACCCCUCUCGCGCCCAUCACGCGAUGCUCUUCUUCAACCGGAUCUGGCAGCUGCGUGUCUUACAUCACGACUGCUCAGGCAAAUCGCUACCCCACUGCUCUACGGCUCGAUAGCCACCGACAGAUUUCCUUCCCUCAUAUCCAAUCUCGACAUCACCUCCCCUACCUCUCCACUUCGAUACACCAAGCGACUCUUCAUUGAGUAUCGCGAGAAGUCACAUGACGUCACCUACUUGGAACUCCUCGAAUUCGGCGAAGUCACGUGGAGAUUCUGCGGAAGUCCCAGCCCAACUGAAAGGAAGACCUUACGGAUGGUGAGAUGCGAAGGAGAAGUGUGCGAUAUGGCGGCAGCUAUGGAGCAUGUAGGAGAUGGAGGGUUUGGGGAGGCCAUGCCUCAGCUGAGAAUCGUGGCGGUGUCUUCCAUCUGGGGCAAGAACGAUGAGGACUGGAACAACUACAAGGAAUACUCGGCGAGGGUUGACAACCCUGAUAUUUUCACGUCGACAGCGGACUGCGUGCUCGACUUCCAGUACAACCUCUCCCUCUCAACGGCCACCCAUCUGUGUUUCCGGGAUAUCUGCGGGCCGCUGAGCAUACCCGAAACGGUGGAGGAAGUCCCCUUGGGCCCCGGACCGGCGAUAUCAGGCCACUUUGGCUCCCUAUACGACAUGCCGGCCGGCUUGGGCGGACAUGUCAACGGCGUUCCCAGCUGCCUCAGUAGUACGGUCGCCACCGAUGACCUUCCCCUCGCUCUCGGUAGAGACGUGACAUGGGUGUCGGAUCUCGGACCGGACGAAGACUUUGCGAGUUUGGCGCUGCACGCGUCUGACCGGACCCGAGCGGUCGCGCAGCGUCGUCGGAUCCAAAGCCGGGACAAGCGCAACACCGUCAAGCCUACUCCAGAGUCGGCGAUCAAGCUCGAGAACUUUGCGUCCUCCUCUUACUGGGUAGCUCAGGACGAGCCGGCCCACCUCAGCGGCGCGACUAUCGCUCAGCUCGGUAUCAACACCCUCCCUUCGCGCACCCAAGCACAGAGGUGCCUCUUGACGGACGGACAGCAGCAGCAGCUGGUGGAGAUGCGGGAGAAGGAGAUUAUGAAGUCGCUCAGGGACGACCAGGGCAAAUAUGAUAAGGUCAGCUGGAGGGUUUGUGCGGAAACCCCUAUCUCCGCUGCCUGUGGCUCGGGGCCUCCUCCAAGCGGGGGAGUUCAGCACCAUAUCAGUAGAUGCUCCGAGGCUGUGGCCCGAGUCUCAAAGCUUGGAGACUGUGUGUGCGGUUUUGCCGCCCUACCUCCCGGUCUAUGA